GCUUAAUGUCCCCCUUCUUGCAUUUUGCUUGUUCCUUUGUUCAUUCAUCAUACUUGCGACCUGAGCUCACACAAGCGCCAGUAUGCCUGUCUGUGUGUACUGUACAGAUCUUUCAGCCUUGCAUCAUCGCAUGGCUUUAGCCGAUCUGCUGCGAGGAAUUUCGCAAGGUUGUAAGGCGUGCUUUUUGCUCAGACAGGCUAUCAGGCAGAUGCCUAGUACUGAGCAAGAGGCAACGCAUCUUGAAUGGAUCGUUGACAGAUCCAUGCACAUCACUUUGUUCGACAAUGAACAACAGCUAGAAGACGCAACAGAGGUAUAUGUCGGAGCUGGUUCGUCCUGCUUCUCUAAAGCGAUCGGUCCAGGCCGUAGCGUACUAGAACCUGGAUGGACACAAGCUCAUCAACGUCUUACACAACAAUGGCUUAGCGACUGUUCGAGCCAUCAUCGCAUUUGUCCACCCGCAGAGCUUCAAUCUUUGCCUACCAGAGUUGUUGACGUUGGUGACUCCGAAAACUCACUGCGUCUGCAUAUCAGCAACGGGGCACUCGGAAGAUACGUCGCGUUGAGCCAUUCUUGGGGUGGACACAAGCCAAUUGAGACUACCAAAGCGACACUGCAAGAUCACUGCGAAUCCAUAAAAUUAGAUGCUUCGUCAAAGACUUUCAGCGAUGCGGCGCAGGUCUGCCGAGAUCUUGGCUUUCAGUAUCUAUGGAUUGACUCUUUAUGCAUUGUACAAGACGACGGCGAGGACUGGGCUACCGAAGCCGGAAAAAUGAGCCACGUUUAUCGCAACGCCGCGCUCACCAUAUCUGCAGAAGGUGCAGCAGACGCCCGGGAAGGACUUUAUCCGGUGCAACCGGCUGCUUGUCAAUCGCAAACUCAGGUGGAGCUGCAGUACGAGGUUUCUUCUGGGCAGUUAGAGAAAGUAUUUGUCCGAACUCGACGACCAGGUUUUCCGAAAUCCCGCAUUGUGACAAACUUUGCACAUGCAAGUGUGUCCGUAUCGGAGUCUCGACUCGCAAGCCGCGCAUGGGUUUUGCAAGAACGUUUGCUUUCUCCACGAAUCUUGCACUUCUACAAAGAAGAACUAGCAUGGUCAUGUUGCUCUGUCAGCCGCUGCGAGUGCCGUCUUGAUGCACGACAGACGGAUAUGAGCGUUUUUAAGAAGCUCCAAACUCCUGGCCUUCCUCGAGCGAAGCUUUCCAAGGAGCUACAUAGACACUGGACGGAUCUUGUAGUCGAGUUCACAAACCGGAAGCUGACCAAGAUGCGAGAUAGGCUACCCGCUAUGUCUGGUCUGGCUGGUGUAUGCAACGAGAUUACGGGAAGCAAGUACUGCGCCGGGCUUUUCCUGGAGGAUUUAGCUUAUGGCUUACUCUGGAUCAGUGACCAUGAAGGUAGCGGUGCCCCAAUCAUUAGAAAUGACGAAAGUCCUGAUCUUCCCUCGUGGUCCUGGGCGUCGAUCACAGGUCCAGUGAAGUAUCUUGAUCGUCAGCGCAGUCAAUUCGAACGCAAGUCCCGUGGGAACACAGUCAUACCCACUCUACAUGUGAUUGGUGCGCAUGUAGAACCAAGGGGACCGAACGCCUUUGGUGACGUCUAUUACGGAUGGGUAUGCGUGAAAGCACAGCUGCUACGAGUGACGUUCGACGAAAACAUUUGUUACCCAUGGGACAGCAAGCUCCGAGCGCUGCUACGUAAUCGAGGCUCGCGCAAGUCUCCAGCUGUGAUUCCGGAUCACCUCAGUCCGAGCGCUUCCAUCGAUAAGAACAACACCUACCUCCUGCGAGCUGGAAAGUUCAUCCUUGGCGGCAUGUGGAGCUCUAACGCUAGCGAGAAUAUAUGCCUCAUGCUCGAGAAGGUAAAUAGGCCUGGCUACUUAGAUGCCCCUCUCUUUCGGCGAUGUGGCUUUGUACUCAACGCCUUCCCGUCCGACCUUGUGUGGGCGGAGCAAUUUGCGCCAACGACAUACGUCUUUCUCGUCUAGAUCGUGUUAGACAGCGUGGAAAUUAUAUAACGAACGACCAUUUUGUGAAUGUUGUGCAUUCAUAUCCGAAAAAUCAGACGAGUGACCAUGGAGUGUAGGCUAAAAUGAAGUUAGCCAAUGUAGCAAUGACAAGUGGUC